GUCAAGGUCUAUUUUCUGUGGCAACUUGGAUUAUGAUGCUCGCCAUUCUGAGCUUGAGCGACUAUUUAGCAGAUAUGGGAAGGUUGACAGGGUGGAUAUGAAGUCAGGAAUAUAUUGGAGAAUACAUGCUCUUCCUUGCUUGUUGGGCUAAGCAUUCGACUUUCCUUCCAAUGCCUGAGUUCAUAUUGCCUCUUUCCAGAGAGCUGAUCCAUUCUGCAAUUCAGUCGCAUUUCAUUCACAUGGAAACAUUCUCCACAAGACUAUUGCCUUUAGUUUCUUGUGAACUUAGCCCUGCCUUCCAUCCCAACCAUGUUUCCAUCCUGAACCGCCUGGCUGGAGAAUGUAUGGAGGAGGCCCUCUAUGUACCAUGGCCUACCACAAUUCCUGCCUUUUCCCUGACGUCAUUAGUUCAACAUUUUACAAGGGUUUGCUUUUAUUUAUAUGGAUGAUGAGCGUGAUGCUGAAGAUGCAAUACGUGGACUUGAUCGGUUAGAGUUUGGCAGACAUGGGCGGCGGCUUCGUGUCGAGUGGACAAAGCAAGAACGAAACAGCAGAAGGUCUGGUGGUUCAAGAAAACCAUCAGCUAACACAAGACCUUCAAAGACUUUGUUUGUCAUAAACUUUGACCCAAUUGACACCAGGACACGGGAUUUGGAGCGGCAUUUUGAGCCAUAUGGAAAAAUUUUGAAUGUUAGGAUUAGAAGGAACUUUGGCUUUGUCCAGUUUGACUUACAGGAGGAUGCUACAAAAGCUUUGGAAGCCACCCACAUGAGCAAGUUGAUGGAUCGGGUGAUCUCUGUGGAGUAUGCUGUCCGUGAUGACGAUGAAAGAAGAAAUGGCUAUAGCCCUGACCGUAGAGGCCGGGAAAGGUCAAGAAGCCGUGAUCGUGGGCGAUCUUUAAGUCCUUAUGGCAGACGUGUGGAGAGGGCUAGCCCUGAUUAUGGUCGUGGUCCCAGUCCAUAUACCAAGGCCGACGAGAGGGUUAGUCCUAACUAUGAAAGAGCUCGGAGUCCUGCUCAUGACAGGGACUAUAGUCGCUCGCCAUGAAGGCACCAAAGAUCUUGGGACAAAGUUCUGGUACCUGCGAAAGCAAAAAACUAUGAUGCAGUGUAGCUUAUAUUAUUUAGAUGUUUUGUUCUCUCUGCAUUUAGCAGUGUUCACCGUUCCAUUCUAUGCAAGGACUUUAGCUUUUCUGUUUCUUAUUAGAAAUUAGGCUUUGGAAUGUGCUUCUGCACUUAUCUUUAUUUUUGACUAUUGUAGAACUCUUCAGUUUUAUUUCAAGCACAUUCCUUAGUUCCACAGGA